AAAGAUAAUCGAGAUAAGGAAGCGCUUCCGGAAACGGAUUUACAUGGCACAGAUAUUGAGGAUGAAAGGGAUGAAGCUGAGGUUGAAGAAGAAGAUAAGGGAAUCGAUCGAGGUGAAAGUGCGGGAGGUGCAAAGGGUAAAGUAGCAGAAAUAAAAGAUACUGCUAAUGAAUCAGGUAUCAAAGCAACUGUUUCCAGCUCAAAAGAGAUUGAUAUUCUGUCGGGAUCAAAAGGAAUGACUACAAAAAAGGAUGAUGAGGAUAGUUCAGGGAAAGGGAGUACAGAUUACAUGGAUAAACAAGGAACUUGGGAA